UAUGUUGAAAAAAUGUUGGCGUCCAUAUGUGGUGGGUGGAAACUUGCUGCGAGGCUUCUAAUCUCAUUGAACCGAAGAGCUGUAUUGACUGGCACAUGAAUAGGCUUUAGCUUUUAGCAACAUUCAAUUGGAAAUUUAGAAUCUUUGUUUCAUCAACGGCUUCACAACAACACAAGUCCUCACUCUUCCCGCGAAAUUCAGUUGUUCAUCUGGUUUGUUGAUGGGCAAGAAACAGCACUUGGAUUGGACAUCAAGGUCCAUUUCUUCUUCGGGGAGUGAGAGAGUCUCUCUCUUGACAAAAGAGGCACAGAGGAAAGCAAAUGAAGACCAAUCACCUGACGAUCCUCCAAAUGACCUUGAAAUUGGGGAUGGAGUGGAGGCAGCAAAUGUUGGGUUUGGUAGAGUUUUUUCACUGGCAAAGCCUGAUGCUGGGAAGCUUGUAGUUGGCACCAUUGCACUCCUGAUAGCAUCCACAUCAAGUAUUCUGAUUCCGAAAUUUGGUGGAAUGAUAAUAGACAUUGUGUCAAGAGAUAUAAGUACUCCUGAAGAGCAAUCACUAGCUAUAGAUGCAGUCAAGAACACCAUACUGGAUAUUGUGCUGAUAGUUGUAAUUGGUUCUUUGUGCACUGCUCUUCGAGCUUGGUUGUUUGCUUCUGCUAGCGAAAGGGUUGUAGCUCGUUUGAGAAAGAACUUAUUCAGCCACCUAAUCAACCAGGAAAUAGCCUUCUUCGAUGUUACACGAACAGGGGAGCUUCUGAGCAGGCUGUCAGAGGACACCCAGGUCAUAAAAAAUGCUGCAACAACCAAUCUUUCUGAGGCACUCCGCAAUGUAACAACUGCCAUAAUUGGUGUUGCCUUCAUGUUUACAUCAUCUUGGAAAUUAACAUUAUUGGCUUUGGUCGUUGUACCAGUCAUUUCAGUUGCUGUAAGAAUGUUUGGGCGCUAUCUUCGUGAACUUUCACAUGCAACUCAAGCUGCUGCUGCAGUAGCUGCUUCAAUAGCUGAGGAAUCCUUUGGGGCCAUUCGAACUGUUAGAUCUUUUGCUCAAGAAAGUUAUGCAAUUUCAAAUUAUUCAGAAAAAGUUGAUGAGACACUGAAGCUGGGACUCAGACAAGCAAGGGUAGUUGGUCUAUUUUUUGGAGGACUAAAUGCGGCAUCCACUUUAUCUGUAGUCGUAGUGGUAGUUUAUGGUGCGUACCUGACAAUAUUAGGCUCCAUGACCGCAGGCUCUCUUACAUCCUUCAUUCUUUAUAGCCUCACAGUUGGUUCUUCAGUAUCUUCUUUGUCAGGAUUGUAUACUACUGCAAUGAAAGCUGCAGGGGCAAGUAGGAGAGUUUUUCAGCUCCUGGAUCGGGUCUCAAGCAUGCCAAAAUCUGGAGAUAAGUGUCCAAUUAGUGAUCCGGAUGGGGAUGUGGAAUUGGAUGAUGUCUGGUUUGCUUAUCCUUCUCGCCCAAGUCAGAUGGUACUCAAGGGUAUAACAUUGAAACUGAACCCAGGCUCAAAAGUCGCCCUUGUUGGUCCAAGUGGUGGUGGCAAGACAACAAUAGCAAACUUAAUUGAGAGGUUCUAUGAUCCUCUCAAGGGAAAGAUCUUGCUAAAUGGGGUACCACUAGUGGAAAUAUCGCACGAGUAUCUUCACAGAAAGGUCAGCAUAGUAAGCCAGGAACCAGUUCUAUUCAACUGUUCCAUUGAGGAGAAUAUUGCCUAUGGGUUUAAUGGCAAAGCUAGUUCUUCUGAUGUAGAGACAGUAGCAAAAAUGGCUAAUGCCCAUGACUUCAUAGAUAAAUUUCACGAAAAAUAUCAAACAGUUGUUGGUGAACGUGGGUUGAGACUUUCAGGAGGCCAAAAACAGAGAGUGGCCAUUGCAAGAGCGCUGCUGAUGAAUCCAAGCAUAUUGCUUUUGGAUGAAGCCACAAGUGCUCUAGACGCAGAGAGUGAGUACCUUGUUCAGGACGCCAUGGAUUCCUUAAUGAAGGGUAGGACUGUUCUUGUUAUAGCACACAGGCUUUCAACAGUGAAAAGUGCAGACACAGUUGCAGUUAUAUCUGAUGGUCAGAUAGCAGAAAUCGGCACCCAUGAUCAUCUUCUCAGCAAGGAUGGUAUUUACACCGCACUAGUCAGGAGACAACUACAACACCACAAAACUGAACUCUAGUUUUCAAAGGAAACAGGUCCUUUCAGAAGAAAUUAAUUCUCCAGCUAUAUACUGCAGUUUCCUCCAAAAAGAAAAAAAGAAAGAAAUCAUUUCUUGUUUUCCCAAACUUUGUUAAUUUUGAAGAUGCUAUCAUCAUGCACAUGGUUAUUAAACAAUGCCAGCCCUGUCAACUCUGGAAUAGGUUGAAUGACAGAUGAUUUAACCAAGAAA